CGCGAUUACACAAUACAGGGAACACUCUUUCAACUCUGCGGCAUCUCCGUCUGCCGUCAGGUACCUGUGAUUAAGAUGUUCAGACAAUGACACCCUCUCCUUGUCAGAUGUUCCUGAUUGGCACUCUAUUGCACUGGGCGAUCUUGACAGGCCUCCCGUUUCACCCAUUAACGCUCGCCAUUGUGGGGCCCUACGAAGGUACUGCGAUGACUCUGUUUGGCUCUCGGACGGUGUUUGAUGAAACUGUUUUCCAGAUUGAGGGAUCGUUAAGGUACAGGCGGGCGAAGGGUAUGACUGCGCAUAGAUCGUCGUGGGGAGAUAUAUAAAUCUCUUUGAAUUCGAUCAGCUUAUGUCUAGCCAUCACAACACAUUCAUUCAGCCUUUUGCCUUUUGCACUUCCUACCUUUUUUU